AAAAGAAGAAAAAAAAAGAGUCAAUAAAUAAAAGCUUUUCUCUUCUUCUCUAGUUGAGUUGUUCCGUACACUCGCCGAUAAGCUUAGCGAGCUUAAGUGGCGGGUUUUUUUUUUCCGAUGCCGGAGCUCGGGUGGUAAUAUCAGUUCCGAUGUUGAAACGGAGGUCGGAGAGUUGACCCCAUGGGUUGUGUACUCGGUACAGAAGCUGCCGGGGAUCGUAGGAGAUCUACCGGGGCUCAACGCAGUCGCCGGAAAGUUGAGCAAAGUCGCUCUGCUAACACCGUCGAUGUUACUGCUAGAAAUAAGAAGAAAGAAACUGAGAGGCAGAGGACGAGGACGAGUAAACGGAACGGUGAUUUACCGGUUGUUGAGCAACGGAAACCUAGGCCAGAACCCUUUCUUACUAACCAGCAAGGUUGGCCUUCUUGGCUAUUAGCCGCUGCCGGAGAUGCGAUCCAGGGUUGGACCCCUCGUCGGGCCAAUAGCUUUGAGAGACUGGCUAAGAUUGGGCAAGGGACUUAUAGCAAUGUGUAUAAAGCUAGAGAUCUUCUUAGUGGGAAAAUAGUAGCGUUAAAGAAGGUGAGGUUUGAUAAUUUGGAGCCAGAGAGUGUUAAAUUCAUGGCCAGAGAGAUUCUGGUUCUGAGAAAGCUUGAUCAUCCCAAUGUGCUUAAGCUUGAAGGAUUAGCUACAUCAAGAAUGUCUUGUAGUCUUUACUUGGUAUUUGAGUACAUGGAGCAUGAUCUCGCCGGCCUUGCCGCCCGGUCAGGGGUCAAGUUUACUGAGCCUCAGAUUAAGUGCUAUAUGAAGCAGUUGCUUUCUGGACUCGAGCAUUGCCACAACAAUGGUGUUUUACACCGUGAUAUCAAGGGUUCCAAUUUGCUUCUUAACAAUGAAGGGAUUUUGAAAAUUGCUGAUUUUGGGCUGGCUACUUUCUAUGAUCCUAACCACAGGCAACCGAUGACUAGCCGAGUAGUCACCCUUUGGUAUCGACCCCCAGAACUUCUUCUCGGGGCCACAAUGUAUGGAGUUGGUAUUGACCUUUGGAGUGCUGGCUGCAUCUUGGCUGAGCUACUUGCUGGGAAGCCAAUUAUGCCAGGACGGACAGAGGUUGAACAACUUCACAAGAUAUUUAAAUUAUGUGGCUCUCCAUCUGAGGAAUACUGGAAGAAAUAUAGGUUGCCAAAUGCAACACUUUUUAAGCCACAACAACCAUACAAGCGCUGUAUAGCAGAAACGUUCAAGGAUUUUCCUCCUUCUUCGCUACCUCUAAUAGAAUCUCUUCUUUCAAUAGACCCUAAUGGACGAGGUGACGCUACUACAGCUCUACAAAGCGAAUUCUUUAGCACUGAACCUCAUGCUUGUGAGCCAUCAAGUUUACCUAAGUAUCCUCCCAGCAAGGAAUUAGAUGUAAAAUUACGAGAAGAAGAAGCUAGAAGGCAAAGAGGUCUUAAUGGGAAAUCUAAUGUUGUUGAUGGUGCCAGAAAAGUUAAGGUUCGCGAUCGUGCUGGUCGAGCAGUUCCAGCUCCAGAAGCCAAUGCAGAGGUUCAAGCAAACUUAGAUAGGUGGAGAGUUGCCACACAAACUAAUACCAAGAGCAAAAGCGAGAAAUUUCCACCUCCCCAUCAAGAUGGAGCAGUCGGAUACCCACAACAAACAUCACACAAAGGCCCGUCAUCUUUUGGUGCAUCUGAUUCUUCUUUCGGCUCAGCUGUGUUCAAUUCAAGAUCAUCAGACUCUAUCAAAAGCACGGGAGCUGUUUCUGGGGGGCCUUCAAGGCGGAAAACUAACAGAGAAGACCCUCGGGUGGCUCCAUCGCGCAAUUUCAUCCGUGGAUUCAAGCCAUCUUCAGUAGGGAUAUCGACAAAUCUACUUUUCAGGAGUAAAUAACAACCUUCAGAGUUUCUUUUUUUGCCGAUCGAAUAAUGAAGAAAGAAAAAAAAAGGGUAUUAUUUGUCAGAGUUUUCCUUCUUCCUUUUAGGCUUAGCCCUUUUUCGGUUUUUUGGAAUGCUGUGUUUUUCUUUUUUGGCUCAUCAUUGUUCUCAUUAUUUGUUCUUUUAUGCUUAUGAUUGUUUUGUUGUUGUAUAAUCCAAGUGACGAGAUCCCACAAGGACCCAGGUGUAUAUUUCAGUAUAAUGGAGUCCCUCUUCUCUUAUGUGGUAA